AUGCCACGGAACUCCGCUCCUCUAGUGACGGAAGAGGUUAGUGGAGACGGCCUUGCUGCGCAGCCUGCAGCCUCUGAACUCCGAGAGUCUGCGACAGAGACCGGGAGCUCACCACAGGUCAGUCCCCUGAAACAAAAACCUUGGCUGGCUGGACCAGACGGGGUGGAUGAUGUUAUCCCUAUUACUGACCAGCCUUGCGAGAAUAAUAUCUUUGCCUCCUACCACACAUCUGAUAAAAUGGUGUCGGACACAGUACUUAAGGACAUGUUGCUAGCGCUCCGUAAUUCCCUACAAGUUGACUUUUCUAAGUUGAUUAAGCCCAUACAGAUCACCUCCACCAUACUGGAACAUAAAGUGGCUAAUACAGAGACAAAGCUGGUGACAUUUGCAAAAGCCCACAAUGAUCUCCAAGGCGCUCAUAAUGCAUUAGACGACAAGGUUGAAGCCUUACAUGCAAAAAUGGUAGAUUAUGAAGACAGAAAUCGACGCAAUAAUGUCAAAUUUAGAGGCAUCCCUGAAGAAGAAGCAGGGAACCAGCUGGCCAAAUAUGUACUUCAAAUGACUAGACAUCUGCUGCCUGAUAUGGAACCUUAUGAGUAUACUGUGGACAGGGCCCACAGAGUACCUAAGCCUCGCAACUUACCUGACGAGGUCCCACGAGAUGUCCUGGCUCGCUUCACUUUCUUCCAUACUAAAGAUCUACUGUUGCAAUACUCACGGAGACACCCUACCUUACCUGAGCCUUUUGAGGAUAUACACAUUUACACGGAUUUGUCAGCUGCGACUCUACAAGCAAGAAGGAACUUUAGUCAACUGACGGUGACCCUGAGAGAUUUGGGAGAUCCCUAUAGGUGGGGGUUCCCUGCUAAGGUUCUUGUGAAUCGACAAGGGAAAGUUCAUACUUUUUUGUCAGCUGAAGAAGGACUGUAUUCAUUACAGGAGUGGGGAAUGAUCUUAGAGGGAAAAGAAGCGGAGGAACUAGGAGACGCUUCUCCAUUUGGCGGGGAGGCGGAGAUGGAGGAGCGCUCCUUCAGUAACCCAUACCCGGACUACCGGCCCGGCCCGGACACGGCAGAGCCGGCGGAGGAAGAAGAAGAUUAUGCCGCCGCCGCCGCCGCGGGUGAACCGGGAGAGCUGGACCUGCCCUUUGACAGAGAUGGAAAGAUUUUAGGAAGAUUUUCAAGACGUAUCCAGGCAAAAAUGAGUGAUCUGCUACAACAAAUGGAGGAAGGUCUGAAGACCGCUGAUCCACAUGACUGCUCUACUUAUACCGGAUACACAGGCAUAGCCCUCCUCUACCUGCAGCUGUAUCGUAUUGCCAAAGACCAGGCUCAUUUGCAGCGGUCUCUCGAUUAUGUGAAAAGAAUUCUGCGGAACCUGAAUGGCCGAAGAGUCACAUUCCUAUGCGGUGAUGCUGGGCCUCUCGCUGUAGGUGCUGUCGUUCAUCACAAGCUUCAGAAUCAAGCUGAAUCCAAGGAUUGCAUUACAAAGUUAUUGGCAUUGCAUCUGGGGGUGGUCAGCCCAGACUCUGAGCUUCCAGAUGAGCUGCUGUAUGGAAGAGCUGGUUAUCUCUAUGCGUUGCUCUAUCUAAAUGCGGAGAUCAGUCCAGACACGGUGCCUCAAGCUACAAUCAAAGAGCUUGUAGAUGCCAUUAUAGAAUCUGGGAAGAAUUUGUCUAAAGAAGAGCACAAGACGGAACGCUGUCCUCUGCUGUAUCAGUGGCACAAGAAGCAGUAUGUGGGGGCAGCCCAUGGAUUGGCUGGGAUCUACUACAUGUUGAUGCAGCCAUUAGCCAAAGUAGACCAGGAAACAUUAACUGAGCUUGUAAAGCCAUGCAUUGACUACGUACGCCACAAGAAAUUCAGGUCUGGCAAUUAUCCGUCAUCUUUAAGCAAUGAAACAGAUCGGUUGGUAUAUUGGUGUCAUGGAGCACCAGGAGUUAUACACGUGCUUCUUCAAGCUCAUAAGCUGUUUAAAGAAGAUAAAUACUUGAAAGAUGCUGUGGAUUGUAGCGAUGUUAUUUGGCAGAGAGGCCUAUUAAGAAAAGGAUAUGGCAUUUGUCAUGGGACAUCGGGGAAUGGAUACGCCUUCUUAUCACUUUACCACCACACCCAAGAUAAAAAGUAUCUCUACAGAGCCUGUAAGUUUGCAGAAUGGUGUUUAGAUUAUGGUGCACAUGGAUGCCGAAUCCUGGACAGACCAUACUCUCUCUUUGAAGGAAUGGCUGGCACAAUUCAUUUCUUGUCAGACGUGAUGACACCAGAGACUUCACGCUUUCCUGCAUUUGAACUUUGACUGGCUGGCAGGAGACUAUGGAGAGGAGUAUCUGUCAGCACUUGGAGAAGAUGAAGAGCUCAGAUGUGUUACAUUUGGUGCCUCCACCUUACUUGCCAACCUAGAUUCAUCACCACUUUUUACAGAAGAGCAGUUACGGUGUUUUCUGCAGACACCACUGCUAAAAAUUAGGUUAUCCUGAAUUUUGUUAUUUAUCCUGUGAUAUUGUUGUAUGUUUGUUGAAACUGGGAGAUGCUUCGUUUUUUGUUUUAUGUUAACACCUUUUGGUGUUGGAAAUAUUGGCUGCUUUUGUUGACCCUUUUAGGAGACACUGUAAAGUAUAAUUUACUUUGAUUCAUAGUGUAUAGUCUAACCCAGCAUUGGGGGGGGUCUGUCGGCGGUGUCGCCUGCACUGGAGCUGUCGCACAGGCUUGUGGCGCCGGUGAUGCUGAAUAAAAAGAUACUCGUGGCGACCAGAUUUGCCAAGCCGUUCCGCAGCAAUUCACUUUUUUCUUUUUAUGCAAAUGAGGGCCUUGAGGCAUGGGCAGAGCUCCGAACCGAGCUAGGGGCACGCUGAUG